UGCCAUGUCACUUCACAUCUCUGAAAAACCCUUUCUUAUACACCAUUAAUACCACGCGCCUCGCCAUUUUUUCAACCGAGAGAGAGCUCGAAGAACUCGAUCCCCCUUCAAUAUUCUCAACUAUAUAUAUAUAUAUAUAUAAAUUGCUCUCUUCAAGCUUGACUUCGAAGAGCAAUUGAAGAUGAGUCUUUCAGUGGCGCAGGGGUUUACGAAGUCUCUGGCGAUGACUGUGCUAUCUGAGAUCGGAGACAAGACUUUCUUCGCCGCUGCGAUCUUGGCGAUGCGUCAUCCUAGGAGACUCGUCUUGUCAGGCUGCCUUGGGGCUUUAAUUGUAAUGACCAUUCUGUCUGCCGUUGUUGGUUGGGCUGCUCCCAAUUUGGUGUCCCGCAAAUGGACCCAUCAUAUUACAACACUGUUGUUCUUGGGAUUUGGAGUAUGGUCUUUGUGGGAUGCAUUCCAUGAUGGGGAAGCUGAGGAUUUGGAUGAAGUUGAAGCCCAGCUGGAUGCUGAUCUAAAAGCUAAUGGUGGAGCAACCAAGGAGAAGAAUCAGCAUUCUGAUGAUUUAAAGAAGCAGAGGCAGCCUCUUCUCGCUCAAUUCUUCUCACCCAUCCUUCUGAAGGCAUUUUCAAUUACCUUCUUUGGUGAAUGGGGUGACAAGAGCCAGCUUGCUACCAUUGGUUUGGCUGCCGAUGAGAAUCCACUAGGAGUUGUUCUUGGAGGAAUACUGGGACAAGCCUUGUGUACUACAACUGCCGUCCUAGGAGGGAAAAGUCUUGCAUCUUCAAUAUCUGAAAGAAUAGUGGGACUUGCUGGUGGAUCUCUAUUCAUUGUUUUCGGAAUUCAGUCCUACCUUUCAACAGUCGAGUAACCAUGUCGUUUAUCUUAUGAACCCUGUUCUCCGGAAAUGAAUGAUAGUCUAGAUGCACAUUUUGUUUGCUGAACUCCUCGGUAUGAAAGGUACAACGACUACAUAAAGCAAGCAAAUCGGUUAAACACUGUCUAAUUAGAUAUUUGUUUCGUUAAUUUAGAUUAAGGCUCCGCGUCUAGUCCAAGGCAGGCAGCCACUAUUUUUAACCUUUUCGCUGCAAGGCAAAUAUGUAGACUCUAUUUGCUUAUGAUAAGCUUAUUCUCAUUGAGCGCUUUAUGGACUACAGUUUUUCGUUCUUCUG